UCCGCCUCCCUCCCUCGGUCGGUCGAGUGAGUGACUACUGCCUGCCUGCCUGCAGCGACCGGAGCCUCAGCCUGACUCGUCCGCAGCGCUUCGCUCCUUCCAAGCCGCGCUCGGUCGCGGCUCCGUUUAAUGGCGCGCCGCCGCGGUCGCUGACGCACAUGGACAGUGGUCAAGAGAAGCCAUCCGCCGCCGCCGCCGCCGUCAUCUACGCUAUGGAGAACAAACCCAUCGUCACAUGUGCCGGGGACCAGGCCUUGUUCACGUCUCUCUACACAGCCCUGGCUCAGCAGCUGCCCCGCGAGCCCAUGGAGUGGAGGAGGACGUACGGACGCGCUCCCAAGAUGAUCCACCUGGAGGCCAACUUUGUCCAGUUCAAGGAGGAGCUGCUGCCCAAGGACGGCACCAAGGCCCUGCUCACCUUCCCCUUCCUGCACAUCUACUGGACCGACUGCUGCGACGCCGAGGCGUACCGCGGCUCGGUGAAGGAGGACGUGAGCCGAUGGCAGAGCAGCCUGCGAGCGCACGGCUCGGCCGACUGGCUCAUCAUCGUGGUGGACGGCGGCGACGGGCGCAAGAAGAACAAAGGCAACAUUCUGCCCCGCUCGUCCAUCGUGGACAAACUCCGCGGCGACUUCUGCAACAAGCAGAACGACAGGUGCGUGGUGCUGUCGGAGCCGCUGAAGGACUCGUCGCGCUCUCAGGAGUCGUGGAACUCGCUGCUGCUCAAGCUGAGGACGCUCCUGCUCAUGUCCUUCACCAAGAACCUGGGGCGCUUCGAGGACGACAUGCGCACCCUCAGGGAGAAACGCACCCAGCCCGGAUGGAGCUUCUGCCAGUACUUCAUGGUCCAGGAGGAGCUGGCGUUCGUCUUUGAGAUGUUGCAGCAGUUCGAAGACGCCUUGGUCCAGUACGAUGAGCUGGACGCGCUCUUCACGCAGUACGUGCUCAACUUUGGAGCCGGAGAUGCGGCCAAGUGGCUGGGCUCCUUCUGCUCUCCGGUGCUGAACUGGAGCGGCCUGCUGCUGCGGCGCCCCAUCGACAUGGAGAAGCGCGACAGCAUCCAGCGCGGCUCGGCCAGCCUUCUGGACCUGCGCAGCUACCUCUUCUCGCGCCAGUGCACCCUGCUCAUCUUCCUGCAGAGGCCCUGGGAGGUGACCCAGCGGGCCCUGGACCUGCUGCACAACUGCGUGCAGGAGCUGCGUCUGCUCGAGCAGGUGUCGGUGCUGCGGGGGGCGCUGGACUGCUGGGUCUUCCUCAGCUGCCUGGAGGUUCUGCACCGCAUCGAGAGCUGCUGCGACCGGGCCCAGCUGGCCGCCAACGCCUCGCACACGGUGGGACUGUGGGCCUACGCCGCCGACAAGCUCAAGGCUCUGGGCCACCUGUGCGGGCUGGUGUCGCGCAAAGGUCCCACCUCGGAAGACUUGAACCGGACGGUGGACCUGCUGGCCGGUCUGGGGGAUGAGCGCCCCGAAACCGUCAACAGCCUGCAGAGUCCCUACAAGAAGCUGAAAGAAGCCUUGUCCUCCGUGGAAGCUUUUGAAAGGCAUUACCUGGAGCUGUGCCAGGCGGCCAUGGAGAUGUACCGAGCCGUCGGCAGACUGCGCUCGGCCCGACUUUUGGGAAAAAGUCUGGCGGAAUUCUACAUGAGCAAGGGCGAGCCGGAGCGAGCAGAAGCCUUGCUGGCCGAGGCUCUGCGUUCGUACGUUUGCGAGGGCUGGACCUUUCCGGUCACCCACACCCGCAAACAGAUGGGCGAGUGCCAGAAGCUGCUGAGGCGAAGCGCCGACUCCUUGCGAACCAGCGCCUUACUGGCGGGUGACGGCAACCUCAGCGCGGAGGAGAGGAUGGGCUUUUGCCGCGACGUUCUCGACUACGCCGGCCAGCCUGCCGAUGGGGGCGGCGAUCUGUCCGCCACGCUGGACAUGGGCGUCUUGGCUCAGCUCACGCGGAUCCGAUUCGGGCCGGACGGCGCCUGCGUCCACUCUGGUGCAGCCCUGCGGGUGGAGCUGACGCUGCGUUGCCGGAUGCCUGUCGCCGUGCGGGUGGACGAGCUGGCAGUCGGCGUCCACCUGGACGCCGAGCGGGUCUCCAAAGGGGGCGCUCGCGGAGCGGCCCUCCCCGGCACGGUGGACUUUGAGGCGGCAGUCACUGCGCCGGGGCGGCCGUCCUCCCUGAGCGCCGGCCCCCCGCCGGAGAUGGACGAGGCGCACGACCGCAGCCCCUCGGACGAUUCCCUCAGCUCGGCGGGCGUGGUGUGCAGGAACGCCCACCUGCUGGUGCGUCGCCACGACAGCGGCUCGCCUCCGGACGCCUCCGGCCCCCCGGCCCGGAACGGCGCCGCGGGCGCGCCGCCCGCGGCCCCGAAGGAGGGCGCGCCGGUGCUGAGGGCGAGCGGCAUCACGCUGGAGCCCGGAGACAACAGCGUCGUCCUGGCCGCAGCGAGCAACGAGGCGGGCACCUACACGCUGCGGCAGCUGUGCGUCACCUUGGCCAAUGUCAGCUUUGUCCUGCCUCACAUCUACCCCUCUGUCCAGUACCACGUCUACUCUCAGGAACCGCAGCUCAGCGUCCGGCCGCUUUCAGAGCCGCUGCUGGCGGGCCUCCCGCAGAGGGUCAAGUUCACCCUGCUGACAGGCCACUACGCCGUGAGGAAGGGCGACGCCCUGCAGCUCAGUAACAGCGACAGCAUGCCCGUUCUGGCCCACGUCGGCUGCACGGCACGCAUCGCCAACAACGGAGGCGCCGUGGCGGAGAGCGCAUUGUCCGUCCAGUCCUCGGACAAAGUGACCAGCAUUGGCCUGCCUCCCACCCCUCCCUACCACACGCUGGAGUUCCAUCUGGAGGUCCUGUGCCUCAUCCCGCCUGGACCGGAGCGGCUCGCCGACGAAAGGCUGACCAACGGCGAGGCGCCGCGCCGGCCUCGCAGCUACAGUCACCCCGACACGGCCAUGGCUGCCAUCGAUCAGAGGAUUUCCAUCGACUGUCCGUGGUCCAUCUACUCCACCCUGCUGAGCCUCACUUUCCACAUCCCCUUCAAGACGGAGCACUCGCUACUAUCGGCCGGCAACAGGAAGUACAUCCAGGUAUGCGUGCACAAUGUGUCGGAUUGCGACUUCACGCUGGCCCACGUCAAACUGGCCGAGAAAGGGCCACGGCGGCGGGCCUCUCUGGAGAUGCCGUGCCUCAAUGCUUGCGCCCGGCAGUUGUUAUGCAGUAAGCAGAGUGUGUACUUCCUGUGGGAGGCCACGUGCAAGGAGGCUCUCCCGUCCAGUCUGGAGUGCGUCUUCUCGGCCAGCUUCUGUCCCCGCGGGCGCUGCGAGGACGCCGCUUUCGAGCCCUUCCACCACCACUUCCUGCUGGACAACGUGCCUACCUUGUACAGCGUGAGAGCCGACAUGGUUCCGCCGGCGGGUGAGCGUCACUGUCGCUCCGGCUCCCUCUGCGGCCUGGAGGUGGUCAUCGAGCGAGCGGCCCGGCCCGCGGACGGCGAAACGGCCGCCGACGACGACAAAACAGAGGCCGAGGGCCUCGAAAGCGGCAAAGUCAUGUAUGAAGUGGCAGACAGCAGCAGUAACUGGGCAGUGUGCGGUCGCAGUUCGGGCCUGGUGUCCAUGCCGUCGUCGGGCUCUUGGGCUCACAAAGUCCACAUCGAGGUCAUGCCGCUCUUCGCCGGCCAUCUUCCCUUCCCCAAGAUCAAGGUCCUCAAGUAUCUUCCUCACAACGCCAGCAGCGUCCAAGCAGACGCCGACAGCCAGGUGGAAAACGACAGCCUGUCUCUCCUGGACAAGACUUUGGACGACGCGGCGGCCGACACGGCCAGCGUGCGCAGUCGCGGCAGCGUCCAAUCGCUGGGCGAGCAGCAGCACAGGGGCGUGGCCCUGCCCCGUCUGGACCCCUUCGGACCCGGUCAGGUGUUCAACCACAGCCACGCUCGGCAAGUCCUGGUCCUGCCCGCCGCCGACGAGCACAUUGUGGAGGUCCACGCCACGUGACCGAGGGCAGGUACCCCUGGAGCGGCACCCGACUCACACUUGAGAGAGGGGCGGGGUGGGGCGGGGCGGCCGCCCGCCCGCCCGCCACACGUACACUCAAAACGGUCACCGGAGCGCUUCACGUGCUGGUGAUGUUCAUUGUUUGGCCUCCAUGUGUAUAUUGUAAAUGUUUGGGAGAAAACGUAUUUGAUUGACAGUCAUAUUAUUAAUAAAAUUCUCAAUUACGUUGCA